AUGAACGAGGACCAACUGUACAGCGAGCGAAAGCUCAAGCCAAAGGCCAUUCGUCUUGACGAACUUGCCUCGCUGCUUGCCAACGAUGACUGUGUGAAGGUUGCAGGAAUCGAUAUUGAUGGCGUCCUGCGCGGCAAGUUGAUGAGCAAGGACAAGUUUCUGUGCAUCGCGCAGGAGGGAUUUGGGUUCGCAAGUGUGUUGUUUGCAUGGGACCUCCAGGAUCAAAUAUACACCGAGGGUCCACUCAUUAGCCAUGCCCAGAAUGGCUACAAUGAUCUGUUGGCCGUACCAGACCUGCGUAGCUUUCGAAGAAUACCAUGGGAAGACGAUGUCCCCUUCUUUCUCGUGAACUUCCUGGACCCAAAGACCAAGGAGAGCAUCAGCGGGUGUCCCCGCAGUCUGUUGAAGCGCAUUGCACAGAAAGUUGGCGCAACGGGGGUUACAGCAAUGGCAGGAGUGGAAUACGAGUUUAGCCAUUUUCAGUUGCCUGAGGCCGGUGUUGCCACCCAUAUGAGCGUCUCCGACAAGCCCAAACCGCUCGAGGAAGGCAAGUUUGGGUACAGUAUCGCACGCCCCGUUCACAACAAGGCCUACUAUUACGAUAUCUUCAAGACUUGCGGAAGAUUUCAGUGUCCUCUUGAAGGAUGGCAUGCCGAAGUUGGGCCAGGAAUGUAUGAGGCAGCGUUGGCUUUCGACGAAAUCUGCGAAAUGGCUGAUCGGGCGGCGCUCUUUAAGCUGGCUGUGAAAUCAGUUGCGAUCAAGCACUCGAUUAAACCGUCCUUCAUGGCCAAACCAAUUGCCAAUUCGCCGGGCUGCAGCAGCCACGUCCACAUAUCUCUCAUGGAUAGGAGGCUAGGAUCUGACAAAAACUUGCUGUUUCGUGCAGCUCCUGACGAGAACGUGCCCAUGAAGGCACUGAGAGACCUCUCAGACAUAGGCAGACAUUUCCUAGCAGGCAUUUUGAUGUCGCUGCCAAGCAUACUGCCGCUGCUCGCUCCAACCGUUAAUAGCUACAAGCGACUUGUGGAGAAUAUGUGGGCGCCUGUGACGGUGUCCUGGGGCCUCGAACACCGCGCGGCGAGUGUGCGUGUUAUCAUGCCGCCAACCUGCGCCCCCGAAGCCACAAGAUUUGAGGUCCGAGUGCCAAGUGCAGAUUCAAAUGGAGCGCUCGUUCUGGCUGCAAUUUUCGCAGCUGGAUGGUAUGGUGUAACGGAAAAGCUGGACGUUGACCUAUUACCUCUGGAUGCAAGCACGGCAGACCCAGGCAAGCGCCUUGCUAGGAACUUGCGAGAAGCGACGGACGCGAUGUCAGCAAAGGAUUCGAUUGCAAGAAAGCUUUUUGGCGACGAAUUCGUGGAUCACUACGCCGGCUCGAGGUACCACGAAUGCAAGCUGUGGGAAGAAGCAGUGACAGACUGGGAGGUCAAGCGAUAUCUCGAGAUAGUGUAG